UUGCCCGCACUCGGGCUGUCGCUCUCUCGCUCUCCGGCGCAGGGGAAGAACCAUGGCGAGGGGCGGCCGGCUGGGACGCUUCGCCUUGGGCUGCCUGUGUUGCCUCGUCUUGGCCACCGGUGGCCCCGGAGGAAGAGGAGGAGUAUCUGGAGAAGGCGAAGUCGCCAUGCCGGAGGUGGUGGAGGUGGAAAUGGGGAAGACCGCCCUCAUUCCCUGCCAGUUCUCUCUCCCGGAGAACGGCAGCUAUGCUUACAUCCACUGGCACUCUUUUGACAAAACCCAACGGAAGCUGAUUAUCUCCAUGAUCCGGGACAGAGAACAAAACACGGACCCCAAGCUCAAGGACCGGCUGAGCAUCCUGGCCAAUUUCUCCCUCGAAAUCCGCCAGGCGGCUCUGCAGGACGCCAAGGUGUACAUCUGCCAGGUGGGCUUGGGCAGCGCCGGCGUUGCCGAGAACCGGACCACGCUGCGAGUCUCCAAAGCCCCAGAGCCACCGGUCAUUCAGAAGACAGACACUGGCAUCACGGCGUCGGACUCUGAGAAGUACGAGAUUGCAAAAUGCAUCAGCCGCAACAGCUACCCGGCCUCCACCAUCACGUGGUACAAGGAUGAAGAGCCUUUGACUGAAAAUGGGAAAGACAUUGAAAUCCGCCCGAUGCACAUUAUGGAGUCGAGUGGCUUGUACACCGUCCAGAGCACUCUCUUGGCCCAAGUCACCAAAGACGACCGCCAUGCCGUCUUCCACUGCCAGGUCGAUUACAGCCUGAUGGGGGCAAAGCAGACCAUCGUGUCCAAGAACUUCACCAUCAACAUUCAUUACCCCUCGGAGGAAAUCAGCUUUGUGAUCAACGCAUCAAGGCCAGUCGUGAAGGAGGGGGACAGCGUGACCCUCCACUGCAAAGCCGACGGGAACCCGCCCCCCGAGUACACCUUGGUCAAGCUGCAGGAUGGGGAAGAAGAGCCGCUGUCCGAUGUCAGUGGAGGGAAAGUGGUCCUUCGGGAUGUGGACAGGAAUCAGAGCGGGAGCUACCUGUGCAAAGUGCUUGACUUGCAGUCCUUUGCCGAGCUGAACGCCUCGGUGAAUCUCUUUGUAAACUACCUGGACGUCCCCACGGUCCGGAUCGUCGCUGUCGAUGCGGAGAAACAGCAGCGCAAACACACGCCGCGGGACGGGGACACGCUGCUCCUCACCUGCAACACAACCAGCUCUGGACCGGUGGAAUUCCAGUGGGAGAAGAAGGGAGAGGGGAUUUCAACGGAUCAUCUACUGAAACUCACCAAGGUGACCUACCAGGACAUGGGGGAGUACACCUGCCGGGUCACGAUGCCCGAGGUCCCCGGCCUUUCCCGCUCCAAGGUGGCUUCUGUCGUCAUUCACUCAAAGCCGAAGCUGACCACGCCGGAGGGGGUGGUGUACGUCAAGGAGGGCGAAGUGCUGAACUUGACCUGCAGCGUCUUCUCUGUCCAAAAGCCGAAAUUCUUCUGGAGUGCCAAAAAUGUGACGAGUCACCCGCUUUCAUCCCGGAAUCACCAGCAUAACAGCACCAUCUCGAUCCAGGUCACGGAAGCCAUCCUGGCAUCGGGGAUCAACUGUUCGGCCGAAAACAAGCUGGGCACCACCGAGCACCAAUUCAUGCUGGAAUUGAGGCCAGCAGCCACCAAACCUGGAGUCCCGGACUCUGACGAGAUGCUCAAACCAAAGGAGAGCAAUGGGGUCAUCAUCGUGGCUGUCAUUGUGUGCAUCAUGGUGGUGUCCAUCCUCGGGGCCGUCCUUUACUUCUUGCACAAGAAAGGGAAGCUUGCUUGCGGACGGUCCGGGAAGCAAGAGAUCACGAGGCCCGACGCGCACAAAGAUGAGAUUGUAGUUGAAGUCAAGUCAGAUAAAGCUCCCGAAGAGGCGGGGCUCCUGCAAGGUGCCAACGGGGAGAAGAAGUCCACAGGUGACCAGGGAGAGGAAUACAUCAAUCUGAGGAACUGAGAGGACAAGCCAGCCACACAUCUUUCUUUAAGAUUCCUCCUGCCCUCGAAACGCCCUCCCUCCCCUGCUCCCACGGCCAGCGCCUUACGAACCCAUGAGAGACGAAGCUCGGUGGCAAAGGAUCCUCCACCACCCGCCCGGCGAGCUCUGAAGGACAAAAAGACUAGAUGAAACAGACUGGCGCUUCUUUGCUUCUCACAGACUGACCGAAAAGGAGGGAAGACUUGCUUCCGAGCAUCCAGUUGCAAAACUUUGGCUCUACUGUACAAUAAAGGUGUUUUUUUUCCACCCCCCAAACAGUCCAUUCAAGAGAGAAGGGCCAAAGACCCGCAUAGCCACCGAAGCAAUUGCCAAGCAAGGCUCGUUGGAACUGAACCGUUUCAUUCCUCCCCAAGACUCCCGCCAACAGGUGCAGGGCUGGAGAAUGGCGCAAGAAGGGGUUGAUUUUCCUUAAAGUUUGGCCCUGGGCUCGCUCAGGGUCGAAGACUUCCCAAACUGUUCCGGUUCCUCAUAGACACGGUUCUAAAGAAGUACACACGAUGUAGAAGGCCUGGGGGCUUGGGAGUGGCCGGGAGUAGGCAAGACACUGAAGGACAGGGUUCCCCCCCCUUUCUUUUUUUGUAUAAAACUGUAUAGUCACAUAUUUCUACCCGAGAACUUAAUUUUUUUCCCUCUCCUCAACUCUGCCAAGGCUCCUAAGGUCCCUUACCUAGAUGAAGCACUUGUGAGUCCUUCAAGAAGCCGUCUAACGGGGCACGGGCGACUGCGUUAGGUGUAAUAAUUUCUAUCACCCCUUCCUCUUAGAGUUGGGCACCUCUGCUUCGGUAGUCAGAGGACAAUAAAUACAAAGGAGGGGGGGCAGCAACAAGUUUCAAAAAUGUAACGGGAGGGUUGGCAUUCUUUCCGUACCGUACAAUUGCUCAGGCAUCAAAAUGACACGGUUAACGCUUUUUGUUUUCCAAAUCUUUGCCUGGAAGUGGGAGGUUCCCUCCGAAAGAAAGAAAUGUCAUGCCCCUCUUUCUUUCCUUAUUCCCCAAGUUCAAAAUGGGCACCAGGCCUUAAAUACUGUCCAUUGCAGGCACCUGAUUUUGAGCACAGAACCUAGAAGGGUGGGCAAAGUUGGUUAAAAAUUUGCUUUCCUACAUUUGUUUUUGUCACGGUUGAAAAAAAGCAAACUCGUUAACCAAAAAGGGGUGUUGCGCUUUACUUGUAAGCUACAAGGUUAUCAAAAACAAAGCUUUUGUUAUAUAUAUAUAUAUUUUUGUUGAUGUGUGUGUAAAUUUAAGAGUGUCUGAGUUGCAGGGUUUAUAUAUAUAUAUAU